AUCUUUAUAUCCAUUUCCUAUUUCAAGCGCACACGUCUGAAGCAGUGUAUCAAUCUAUUCCUACUUCCCUAACUUACCAAUUGAAAAUGGCGACAACCCUUACCAUGGGCGGGGAAAAUCAAUUCGACAGGGACGAAGAGGUAAAACGGUUUGACGAAUCUAAGAUCGGAGUUAAAGGCCUAAUCGACGCCGGCGUCACCUCCCUCCCUCGUCUCUUCAUCCACCCACCGGAAACCCUUGCCGACCUCAAGCCCAGGCCUGUCCGACCCGACUGCCAAUCCAUCAUCAUCCCCACCAUCGACCUCUCCGGCCCACGCGCUACUGUCGUUGAGCAAGUCGCGCAGGCGGCUCGCCAGUUGGGGUUCUUCCAGAUUGUCAACCAUGGGAUCCCGGUGGCAGUGCUUGACCGAACGAUUGGGGCCAUCAGGGAGUUCCAUGAACAACCCACGGAGGUCAAGGCGCGGUUCUACCGCCGUCGCGAUGUCGGCAGCGGCGUAUCAUUCAUUUCGAACAUCGAUUUGUUUGUCUCAAAAGCCGCCAGCUGGAGGGACACGCUUCAGGUGAAGCUAGGUCCGACGAUGGCGGAGCUUGAAGAGAUACCAGAGGUAUGCAGAAACGAGAUUGUGGAGUGGAACAGAGAGUCGAAGCAGCUGGGGGAGCAGUUGAUGGGUCUGUUGAGUGAAGGCCUUGGACUGGAAACAGAUAGGCUGAAGAAGACGACGUGCUUGGAGGGAAGGGUUAUGGUGGGUCACUACUAUCCCAGCUGCCCGCAGCCUGAUCUGACUGUGGGGCUUGCGUCUCACACCGACCCGGGAGCUCUGACUGUUUUGUUGCAGGAUCAGAUAGGUGGGUUGCAGAUUAAGUACGGCGAUGAGUGGCUGGAUGUUAAGCCUGUGCAUGGAGCUCUUGUUAUAAACAUUGCUGAUGUGCUGCAGAUAAUGUCUAAUGAUGAGUACAGCAGUGUGGAGCAUAGAGUCCUGGCGAAUCCUUCCCCCGAACCGCGGGUGGCAGUAGCUGUUUUCUUCAAUGCAAGCGCGAGGGAAGACCUGUAUGGACCAUUUCCCGAGUUAGUUUCACAGGAGAAACCUGCUGCCUACAGGCAGUUUACUUAUAGUGACUACAUUACAAGGUUUUUCACCAAGGAAUUGGAUGGAAAAUCUUUAACAAAUUACUACAAGCUGUAAGGGAGACCUCGAAUGUAUUAGUCCUGGAUGGUCACUUGGAUCUUUAAGUUCAUUCAUUUUCUGUGACUCCAGUACAUACUUGACAGUUAAUAAAUUCAAGAAUUAUUGAAUAAACAUUAUCUUCAAAU